GAAGGAUGUGGGUCCCCAGGUCUGGAGCUCAGGGAAGAGGGGGCAGGGAGGGGAGAGAGGCCUCAUUAGCGAGUGGAGUCCUAUCUUGGGUGAGAUCAGGCGGUGGAGAUGGAGGAGCCUGGAAUACUGUGUGCCAUUUGGGUGGCAGAAGCUGUCAAGAGGCUGGGUGGCAACAGCCGGCAGGGAAUCCAGCAGCUCAGAGAGGCCUGGGCUCUUCAAUCCCCCACAAAGCUUCUCAGCCCCUGGGGAUGGCCACUGCGACACAUGUGACACUAUGGAGCAGCUGGGCCUCCUGGGGCAGGAACCUCCUCUGCUAAGGCGGCUGCUGCUGCUGGUGACAUUUCACUGAAUCCUGGCUUCAAAGUCUCUGCAGGGAUGUCCAGCAAGGUGGCCAUUGGCAGUGACAUUGGACAGGCCCGCCGGGCGGUGGAGCAACUAAGGAUGGAGGCAGGCAUCGACCGUGUGAAGGUAUCCAAGGCAGCCACUGACCUACUACAGUUCUGCACGGAGCAGGCCAAGAGUGACCCCUUCCUCGUGGGCAUUCCAGCUGCCACCAACCCCUUCAAGGAGAAGAAGCCCUGUGCCAUCCUGUGACCCCAUAAUUCUACCCACAGCCCUGGCAACCCAGGGAGCCUCAAUAAAUAUGAAGUGAUUGCUU